UGUGCCACAGCCCUGGGCAUGUGCUGCUACAUCGCUGCUGCUGACCUCGAGGACCUGGACUCAUGCCUUUCCUGCUUGGAGAGCAGCUUCAGCCCCCCUAGCACAUCUGAGGGGGGCUCAGCACCCUCCCAGCAUGGCCCUCUGCACUGCAGUGCGCUCCAGUCAUGGUCCUUGCUCCUCACUAUCUGCCCCCCCUCCCACAUCAAGAGCAUCUUGGACAAUGGCUGGCUGAGGCUGCCCCCUCUGCUGGCCAGCAGCAGUGUUGCGCUGCGCAUCCUGGCUGGGGAAACCAUCGCGUUGGUCUUCGAGAUGGCUCAGGACAUGGAGGAGGACUUGUGCCACCAAGAUACAUCGUUCCUGUGUGCCCAACUCAAGGUCCUGGCUACUGAGAGCAACAAGUACCGAGCCAAGACGGACCGACGGAAGAAGCGCUCCAUCUUCCGGGACAAUAUGUUCUCUGCUCAGAGCGGGGAAUACCAGGAGGAUACCAUCCGUUUUGGCCUGGAGUGCGUGUACCUGGAUAGCUGGGCAUGCCAGCGCACCUACCAAGCCUUCAAAGAGGUGCUGGGGUCUGGCAUCUGCCACCAUCUCCAGAACAACGAGCUGCUACGGGAGAUCUUUGGCCUCGGGCCCCCAUUGGUGCUGGAUGCAGCUGCUCUGAAAGCCAGCAAGGUCUCCCGCUUAGAGAAGCACCUCUACAACUCGGCUGCCUUCAAAGCCCGCACGAAAGCCCGGAGCCGAGUGCGGGACAAGCGGGCUGAUGUGCUGUGA